UUUUUUUUUUGGUCAAUAUGCAUUUGGUUCUUAGGUCUUCAAAAUGAGUAUCUUAGGAGAGCAUGACUCUAAAGUUUAUAUGGAAUGACACUCAUGCAAGAAGACGUGAUUUUCGCACUUUUUUAUAUGGAAUGACACUCAUGCAAGAAGACGUGAUUUUCGCACUUUUUUUCUUCUGCAUUUCUUCUCCUUUCUCUAAUCUAGGGAUUGAACAAAGAAAACAGAAAUAAAGAGAGAAGUACAAGGGGAAUGUUAAAGCGACUCUCAUGCAAUAUUUUUGUAUUUGGGUCAUGGAUUGGAGACCAAAGCCCAUCAUACUCAUCCCUUAUAAGAUGCCCCAUUUGCCUUCAACUCCAAAAUGGGUACCCGACCCAGUUGGGAUAGGCUAAUUUUUUUAUUUAAUUUAUAAUGUUUAAUUUUUUUUUUUUAAAAAGGAAAAGGCAAAAGCGUGCGAAAGUAAACAGUACCGAACUCAAUCUAUGGAUUCCAAUUUUGAAUUUCCCAUUCUAAUUUUAGGUUUUGGUAGUGGUAGGUAGGUAGACUCGAGAAGGCGCGUAACUUGACGCGCCAAACUCCAAAACGAACGUAAGAAGUAGGACGCAAACAGAAAAACCGAACCCUAAAACACACGCGGCACAACGUCGGCCGUCCGAUCUCCAGAUAUAGUCUAAACGUUUGUUCGCGUCUCGGAAACAGACCAGGACAUUUUGCCGGAAGCAAAAUAAAGGGGAGGACUUUCGACAGUCCCAAUCUCUCUCUCUCUCUCUCUCUCUAGGUUUCUUACUCCCCUGUCGAUUCGGUUUCUAGGUUUUCUGGGUUUCUUUCCCUUCGAUUCACUGAUCAAAGGGUGGAUUUUGUUAGUCAAUUUAGAGGAAAAAUUGCGAAUUGGGGGAGAUGGAGAAGGAGCUUCUGGAGUUGUUCGACGCCGUGAAGAAGACGGCGGACGCCGCCACAUCUUGCGACGGAGGAAUCGAGGAAACCCAAUGCCUUGAGGCCUUCGAGCAGCUCAGGAAUUUUCCCGUCACUCAUCAAAUCCUCGUCUCAACCCAAGUUGGGAAGCGUCUUCGACAUCUCACAAAGCAUCCUAGAAAGAAAAUCCAGUCUGUUGCUUCUGGCCUGUUGGAUAAAUGGAAAGAGAUUGUUAUGAUCGAGGUAGAAAAAACUGCGAAAAAUGUGAACUUGGAGAGAAUAGACUCUCUAAAACGUGAUUCUCCACGUGCCGACAGCCCCAGGCCUGAGAAGGUUCAGAAGACAUCUGCUGUGAAGGUUGAGAAGGUUUCCAAGGCUGAACCUGUUGAGGUUAAGAAGGUUGAUCGUGAUGUCAAACCAAGAUCUGAGAAUGCUUAUGGUUCCGGAGCUGUCAAAACAGAAAGGAAGGUUCCAAAUCCUAAUCCUGUCAGGACUGAGAAAGCUGCUUCAGCGGAGACUGUUAAGGUUGAAAUGAUAGCCAAAGAAGUGAAGAAACCAGCACUCAACUCCUCUGAUCCCCCAAAGUUAACCUCUAUGAUUAAGUGUAAUGAUACAGCUCGGGACAAAGUAAGGGUACUGCUGCAUGAGGCCUUGUCAAAGGUUGCUGCGGAGGGUGAUGAAAGGUUUGCCGAUGAGGUGAAUGCAGCUGAUCCUAUUCGAGUUGCUGUCACUGUGGAAUCUGUGCUCUUUGAGAAUUGGGGUGGUUCCACCGGCUCUCAGAAGGCUAAGUAUCGAUCUUUGAUUUUCAACCUGAAGGACCAAAAGAACCUAGAUUUCCGGAGAAAAGUUCUGCUUGGACAUAUCAAGGCAGAGAGGCUUGUGAACCUGUCAACAGCGGAAAUGGCAAGUGAUCAGAGGCAAGAGGAGACCAAGAAGCUUGAAGAAAAAGCAUUGUUUGAGUGCGAGCGUGGAGGGCCACCAAAAGCGACAACCGAUCAAUUCAAAUGUGGUCGGUGUGGGCAGCGCAAGACCACCUACUACCAAAUGCAGACCCGGAGUGCGGAUGAACCUAUGACAACAUAUGUAACAUGUGUAAACUGCAAUAACCGUUGGAAGUUCUGUUAGGGAUUCUUGUAGGAGCCAUGGCCAUUUUAUUGCCAUUUUGACGUCGUAAGUUAAGAGUCAUAAGACGUGCAGUUUGUAGCGUGGUGGUGCGAUUAGGGCAGUUGGACGAACGGGAACUAGUCAGGACGAAUGAUUCCCAUUCGAGUAUUGUAGCAUGUAGAACUCUUUCUUCAAUCAUGUUUUCAUGUUCUGGAGUUGGUAGGCAUAAUUUGUUUGGAGAUGCUUUUAUUGAAUCGACACUCUUCGUUUCUUUCACUUCA